UCUUUGUAUAUAGUAUAAAGAAAUAGAUCUUCAGGGGUUCACCCAGAGAGAGAAAAAGAGAGAGAGAUCAUCGUCCUUAGCUAGCAGCCCCCACCACUGAAAUGAGUAAAUGAAGUUUAAGUCAGACAUCACAAACAACAUAUUACAGGAAAGGAAGAGCUGGUUGUGUAAUUUCAAUCUUGAGAGAGAGAGAGAGCAGCAGCAGAAAAAAGGCUACAAGGAAAAACGACAGUUGAGUUAUUGACCGAAAAAGUAGCUAAGGGAAGUCCCAAAAAGCAAUCAAAAAUUCCAGGAAACUGUCUCCUCCCCUUGCAAUUAUUUUUGGCAGAAGCUGAGAGAGAAAGAGAAACACUACUUCUCUGCUUCACACUCCCCAAGCUGGCACCAUGGCCCAUUUGUCAGAUAUGAGAGAGGUGGUGUAGCCAUCAAGAAAAUGGAAAAGGGCUCAUCCUCUUCUUCUUCUUCAUCAGGUGGUGGUGGGGCUGACUCGAUCAAUGGCUUGAAGUUUGGCAAGAAAAUCUACUUUGAAGGUGUGGGUUCAAGAAUUGGUGGUGGGGAGGAGGAGGAGGCGGCGCCGCCGCGCUCUCCGGCCAAGAAGGGAAGGACUGCGGUGGUGCAGGGAGGGCAGCCGCCUCGAUGCCAGGUGGAGGGGUGUAUGGUAGAUCUGAGUGAUUCCAAGGCUUAUUAUUGUAGGCACAAAGUUUGUGGUGAGCACUCAAAGUCUCCAAUGGUGAUUGUUGCUGGCCUUGAGCAAAGGUUUUGCCAGCAGUGCAGCAGGUUCCAUCAAUUGCCAGAAUUCGACCAAGGAAAAAGGAGUUGCCGGAGGCGCCUUGCUGGCCACAACGAGCGGAGGAGGAAGCCGCCUCCGGGCCCUUUACUAUCAUCGCGCUAUGCAAGCCUUUCUCCUUCAGUGUUGACUGGAGGAGGUCUGGAGACGGACUUCAGCGCCUACUCCACGUUCGGUGGAAGAGAUCCGUGGCCGGACUCAUCAAAACAACGCGGGCUUGCAGACCAAACCACGAGCACGGGAAACUUCCAGCUUCCAUGGCAGAUGAGCUCACAAGCUUCUCCACCCAAUCUUCUGCAAGGCUCCACAACUAGGUCGAGUUACGCCGCUGCAGAGGACUGUUUCAGUGGAAUCUCCGACUCCACCAGUGCUCUCUCUCUUCUGUCAAACGAGCCAUGGGGCUCGAGAAGCCAAGCCUUGGAUCUUGGGGUCAGCAGCUUUCUUGCCGCUGCCAAUGGUGCAGCCGGAGUGGACCCCGGCACCCCCGUCGGUCGAUACUCCUCCUGCCCUUCAUGGGACUUCAAAGGUGAUCACUCCCUCCAUGAGAUGCCCCCUGAUAUGGGGUUGGGGCAGAUUUCUCAUUCUCACCCUACCAACACUCCGUACAGCAUGGACCUAGGGUUGGCUCGACCGGGCGACGGACGACGCCAUGAACUCGAGCCGUCCGGUGGCUAUGAUUCCUCCGGCCACCACAUGAACUGGUCACUUUGAGCCUUUGUUUCUUGUGUUUCUCUGUGAUUCUGGUUAAGCAGAGACAAUUAUUUGUUAAUUGCGUUUUUGUGCUUCUAGACUAAGCUACUUGGUGACCAAUUCGAGAUUUUUGUUGUAAUUCAAUUCAAUUUCAUCCUUUGAUUUGAUUAGAAUUCUAACUUGAUGUUGGAUUCCAGUUAAGAAUUAAGAUCCCAUUUUUUUAAUUGAGUGAAGCUCAAUUUUAUUCUUA